CGGGAACUGCAAAUCCGGCAUGAAGACAAACUACGAAAAGCUUCCUACGGAAGUUCAUCGCCAGGGAUCGCCAACGAGGCAAAACGCACAGCAUAGCCUUUCGGAGGCGGGUGGAGGUGGCGCCUCCGACUCUGACGACUCGGAGGCACUGCCGUUGGCCCAAGGGGCAGCUGAGGGCAUGCGCACUGAGGAGGCCUGCCAGCUGCCCUUUGAUGUGGUGGCUGAGCGGCUCGGCACAGACCUCCGCCGGGGCCUGUCCUGGCAUGAGGCCCACCGCCGUCUCCUCACCGGCGGGGCCAAUGAGUUUGAGGUGCGCCAGGAAGAGCCACUAUGUAAGAAGUACCUAGACCAGUUCAAGAAUCCACUCAUUGUGCUCCUUUUGGCAUCUGCAGUUGUCAGUGUCUGCAUGCAGCAGUUUGAUGAUGCGUUCAGCAUUACUGCUGCUAUCAUUAUUGUGGUGACAGUUGCCUUUGUUCAGGAAUAUCGUUCAGAAAAAUCGCUCGAAGAGUUGAAUAAAUUAGUACCCCCAACAUGCCAUUGCCUAAGAGGUGGCCAAGCAGAAACAUUUCUUGCAAAGAAUCUCGUGCCUGGUGAUAUUGUUAUUCUUAAUGUUGGAGAUCGUGUGCCAGCUGACAUCAGACUAUUCAGUGCUGUCGACCUAAUGAUUGAUGAGAGUAGUUUCACAGGUGAAACUGAACCAGCUGCCAAGGUGACUGCACCACUGGAGAAAGCAGGCAAUGGCAUUGCCUCGAAGCUCAACCUGGCCUUUAUGGGCACACUUGUUCGUUAUGGCAAUGGCAGGGGGAUUGUAAUAAACACUGGAGAAAAAUCUGAGUUUGGAGACAUAUUCAAGAUGAUGCAAGCUGAAGAGGCACCGAAAACACCACUACAAAGGAGUAUGGACAGCUUAGGCAAACAGCUGUCAUUAUAUUCAUUUGGUAUUAUCGGUCUCAUCAUGCUUCUGGGCUGGAUCCAGGGCAGGCCCCUGCUUGAAAUGUUCAACAUUGGUGUCAGCCUUGCUGUGGCAGCUAUCCCUGAAGGUCUGCCUAUUGUGGUCACAGUCACCCUCGCCCUUGGAGUGAUGCGCAUGGCAAAGCGUAAGGCCAUCAUCAAGAAACUGCCAACUGUGGAAACUUUAGGUUGUGUUAAUGUAGUGUGCUCGGACAAGACAGGAACUUUGACGAAAAAUGAGAUGACUGUUUGCUCCAUCAUGACAUCAGAGCUUUACCACGCUGAGGUUACAGGAGUUGGCUACAAUGCAGAUGGGCAUGUGAUUCUCACUGAGCCUGGAGAGAGAGAUGCCCAAAUGGAUUCGCUGAGGCUAUUUCUUGAGUGUGGCUCCAUCUGCAAUAAUGCUGAUAUCUUGGGAAGUGAGCUCAGAGGACAGCCAACAGAAGGGGCCUUGUUGGCCGCUGCUCACAAGAUGGGAAUUUAUGAUGUGCGAAACCAUUAUGUGCGGCUUCAAGAGAUACCUUUCAGCUCUGAACAUAAAAUGAUGGCAGUGAAGGUCAUCCCCAAGUUUGGAGGGGAACAGGAGCAGUACUUUGUGAAGGGGGCACUGGAAAAAAUUUUGGCCCAUUGCACCCACUACAGUCACCACGGCAUACCAUUGCCAAUUACAACCGAACGCACAGCUCAGUAUAUCAAGGAGGCUCAGUUUAUGGGUCGCAAGGGUCUCAGAGUUCUCUCUCUGGCAAGUGGCACAAAUCUCAACCAACUCAAGUUUCUGGGUUUAGUGGGCAUUAUGGACCCUCCCAGACCAGGAGUGCGUGACUCCAUUGAGACACUCCAUAGUAGUGGUGUCAAUGUCAAGAUGCUUACUGGUGACUCUGAAGAAACUGCCUGUACUGUUGCGGCUCGCCUUGGUCUCCAUGCUGUGGGCAACGUUGUGCUCUCUGGGGAUCACCUGGAUGCAAUGACAGACAGUGAGCUGCAGAGGAUCAUUGGAUCUGUGUCCGUGUUUUACAGGACAGGACCAGGGCAUAAGCUUCGUAUUGUAAAGGCUUUGCAGCGGAACAACUACAUUGUAGGAAUGACUGGUGAUGGUGUGAAUGAUGGAGUUGCUUUGAAGAAAGCUGACAUUGGUAUUGCCAUGGGCAAAAUUGGCACGGAUGUUUGUAAGGAAGCAGCUGACAUGAUUCUUGUUGAUGACGACUUCUCCACCAUCAUGGCAGCAAUUGAAGAAGGAAAAGGCAUAUUUUACAACAUCAGAAAUUUUGUUACGUUCCAGCUAAGCACGAGCAUUGCAGCUCUUUCUCUAAUUGCAUUGUCCACACUAAUGAAGAUUCCCAACCCUCUGAAUGCAAUGCAAAUUCUUUGGAUAAACAUCAUCAUGGAUGGACCACCAGCACAGAGUCUUGGUGUAGAGCCUGUGGACCAUGAUGUGUUGAAGCAGCCUCCACGCAACACCAAGCAGCCGAUGAUCACAAGAGAUCUUAUAUUUAAUGUGGUCUUGUCUUCGCUCAUCAUCAUUCUCGGAACCUUGUUUAUCUUCCGAAAAGAGAUGAGUGACCAAAUCGUAACACCAAGGGACACCACCAUGACAUUUACUUGCUUUGUCUUUUUUGACAUGUUCAAUGCAUUGAGCUGCAGAUCACAGACAAAAUCUGCAUUCACCAUUGGGCUCUUCAGCAACCGCAUGUUCCUUCUCGCAGUGGCCUUUUCAGUGAUAGGGCAAAUGCUGGUCAUCUACUUCCCACCACUGCAGAGGGUCUUUCAAACUGAAGCUCUGACUGCAUUAGAUAUUUGUCUCCUUGUUGGAGUAUCAUCAACUGUUUUUAUUGUAUCAGAGCUGAAGAAGUUCUUUGAAAGAAGCAUUUCGAGAAGGGUGCGGAAAAAGCAGUUUUUCGGCUCGGAUUUUGUUUAAAGUGCUGUGCUUUGACUGUUGUUUCUGUAGGCCGACGUUAGUCAAUGCAGUCUCUGGAUCCUUGAAUGCCUUUAUUUUUUAUGAAUUUUAAGUUGGCUGGCAGUUAUUAUUUUAAAGACAGCCUUUAUUUUUUAUUUAUAUUUUUUAUCUCAUUGCAGUGCAAAAGUGUCAAUGCACAAAAGCAUUCAGAUUAGACGUGGAAGAGUUGCGUAGGGUUUGCAGCUCGUUCAUCAUGAACUAUGUAAAUAGUUUUUUGUAAAUAACUGCAAGUGGGCAAGAUCAUGUGAAGCUGCAGGGUGAAGAGCUGAGACACUUUGCCUUAGCAUGUAUGAUUUGCACAUUCAAAACUAACCAAUGGUUGUGGCAACAUUGUGGACAGGAAACCUGCAAAACUCUGGAUUCUUCCUUUCCUGUACUCUUUAUUUGACAAAGGUCCUCAAUGUUCCUCUCCCCCACUGCCCCUCCCCUGUUUUUCUUAUAAUUUACUUACGUGAAUGUUUCAGUGAUAAGUACAUUCAGACAUCUGCAACUUUUCAUUAUGCACAUGCUUUGCUAUUUUAGUGGAGCACAGCGAUAGUAGUGCCUUGCAAAAUGCACAAUAGAGAACCAGCAGAAUCAUGCCCAUUCACACUGCAUAUUUCUCAAGUGAAAUGUGUUUUUCUUUUUUCUUCUUCUUUACAUGCGAAGAGGACAUUUAAUUUAUUACAAAUCAUGAUUCACUGACUCCAAUGUUUAAGUUCUUGGCAAGAAUACAGUUUAGUAUCCAUGCACAAAAUAGUAGCUGAUGGUGUCAGAAUGCAAGAAUGUGAUGUUCAGUUAUUUAGCCGUUAUUUUUAUUUUUCUUUGGAGACUUUUCUUCUGGUUGUUUGCAAUUCUGUAACGUCUGUAAUCUGGAAUAGCUGUGUUGAUAAGGCUUGUUCUCGCAUCUAUGUUUUAAGACUACAGCAAGCUCUCACUUCUAUUCUUGACCUUUCAAGUACCAUGCCCAAUUGUGUUAUAGAGCACUUCCCUAUAUUUACUCCUACUCCCUGCCCAUUCUUGGCUGCAUUCGAGCUCAAAGAAAAUUAUGCAUUGAUUGUACAAGAUUUCCAGGAGUUCCUAAAGUAAACACUCUGGAAGUUUCAUGUUUUAAUGACAAAUACAGAGUAUCGAUACUGCACUUGUGACUAAAGUGCCCUAUUGUGGUACAUCAAUGCCUCUUUUAGAUGCAUAUUUUAAAGGAUGAUAAUAUCCAGAAAAAAAAAUUAUUUAGAUUUGAAAACUGACAGUUCUGACUGUGUCAGUUCAGAUAGCAAGCUCUCUGAGGACUGUUCGUGUUGAAACUGAGUCAAGCAAGUAUAUUUCAGCUGAGUGGAGCAGGCUGAAUGUGAAUUCCUUAGUAAAUAUUUGUGUGGUAUAUGUCCCUAGGUAAAUCAGUAUAUUUCCAGAAGGAUAGCUGUGCACAAGAAAAGAAACAAAGCAUGGAAGCCUGGAAUAGUCUGUGCUGAAGACAGGCUGCAAAACUUGCACCUCUACAUUGGUGAAAUGUUCUCUGCAGUGCCUAUGCGCAGCUUGUGGUAGAUGGUGUGUGAGUAGAAUGGAAUCAUGUAUUUAGUAGCAAGGCGUCAAUGAAAUUACACUUCUUUGAGCCAUUCAGCAGUAAAGACUCUAUAAUGUUGCCAUAUAUCUUAUGAUAUCUGUGUGAAACUUAGUUUAAUUGGAAAACAGGGAUAAUACAUUGAUCUUCAUUAAGUAUGACACUGUCAAAUGUUCUUUUUUGCAUGCAACAAAAUUUAAUGCAGGUUGCAUAGGGCAAAUUACAUUACAUACACAGUCCGUCAGCUUUCUUUGACAUUUAGUGAGGUUAUAGAACCAGACCAUGUGUCGAGGGCAGAUUUCCAUGGCACAUGGUGCUGCAGUGGCAGACUAGUACCAUUUGUACCAAUGACAUUUUUACAACUUCCAACUACAAAAUUGUAACUUUUUUCUCUCUCUCUUUCUCCUCACUCUUAGUUGUCAUGAGUGCCUUAAACAGAAAAAAGAAAAUUCUCAGUGCUUACCUAUGUGUUCAGAGAAGACAUGAAUGAACCUAGGCUUUGUGAAGGUUGUUUGUACAGCAGUCAUUACCGAGGCUUUCACACAGGACACCGUAUAAAUUUAUUUCAUAUAAAUAAAUGUGCAGUUAAACAUUUUCAAGGUACAAUUUAAUGUAACUAAGUGACACAGGCCAAUUCUCUGUGUCCUGUUGUGGCCCAGUAAAGGAAGUUGGCUGUACAGGCUUGAAAUAAAAAUUUGGUUAGACUGCUAACUCCUUACCACAUGGUGUAUCAUAAUAUGGUACACAAAGACCAACUUCUUCAAACAUAACAGAAUUGGAUUGAAAUAAAAUCUUACAUAUUUACCCAGAAUCUGUGUAUAACUCUUCAAUCUUGGCCGCUCAUCACACAAUAUGCAAAAAGUUCAUAAAGUUUUUUUUUUUUUCACGACAGUUUACAUGCCUGAAAUCAAUGUACAAAAAACAGCAAUGUUUGCUGUGUAUCAGCCUACUGUGAUGUUUUGAAUGACAAAGACAUUCAGGUGGUUCAUUAAGUACUAGUAUAUCACAUAUCAUACAGCAUGCAGUUAUGGGUUAUCUUGUAGAAGGGAGCAGGUAUUUGUUUCCUCAUGACAGAACAAAUUUAGUGACAAACUAGAAUGUUUCUAUGGGCUAUACUAUUUCUUAACACUAUUAUACUGUUUCUUAGCACUAUUACUGUAGCAAAUAUGUCAGAAAAUGAAAAUGCCAGCAGUGUUUACGGUAAACAUAAAGUGCGGCCUGCUGUGUUUCAAGGGCUAAUGACAACAGCAGAAGCACAUCACUCUUGGGAAGAGAAUUGAGGUUGAUUUUCAGCUUGCGCCAAGUUCGUAAAGACUGCAAACCAAAUAUUUACGCAAAAGAAAGCUCUAUGAACGACCCAGCCUAGAUGCGGAUGCUAUCAAUUAGUCAAGGGUAACAUCAUCAAAUUUUAACUCUUUCAGGGUCAAUUUUUUUUGCCAUAUGCGAUCGCCCAGGGUUGAUUUCUUUUAUUGCAAAUUCCAAUAAUUCUGAGGGACCUAUUUCGAAAAAUAUUUACCGCAAUUUUUCUCGGCUGAUCGUAAAGUGAGAAAAAAAUAUUUUGCAUUGUUAUACAUGUACUCUUUAUUCAUGAAUAACAACAGUAAAAAAGGAAAUAAAGUUAUAAGAAUUAACAAUUUGAUCCAUUGUUAUCCACAUAGUUCAAGGCUUACAAAAUGCUCACACGAGAAUAUUUCGCAAGUUUCAAAUGUUCCUGCUCUUACACUCGUAUUUAUGCCUAUAGCGUAAUCAAACUGCGUAGGUGAGCGCACUAAAAAAAACGGUGUGGUUGUGUGCCCGUCAAAAAACAAAACAUGUGACAAACUUCCGCUAAUCUUCAUCUUAUCACCAACCAGAGGCAAUUAGUUUUCACUAGUCUCAAAAAAAAAAAAGGAGGAAACGUAUGCAUGGCGGCAUCCUUCCUAUGCGCACCUCUGUGAGCACUAAACGAGCGAGAAACAGGCGGUCGCCCUUUGAGCGAUUAGUAACAGGAUAGCUAUCAGUUUUGCGAGCGCAAGAAGCCAGAGCCGCCUGCAGAACAAAACCCAAACCACCGCCCGACCGCACGCACACCAAUGUGUGAGCAGUAGUAUAUAGACACGCUGGAGAAAAUUAGCUAUAAAACAAACCAUGCAACGAAAAGCGAGGUAGGGAGGCAUGCGAAAAAAAUUCCCUGUAUUCCCACAUAGUGGCAGCACAUGCCAGGAAAAAAAAAAAGUUAGAAAAUUGGCGCGCUUUUUAACCAUACAGACGGCGCCGUAAAUAUAUAGCAUCAACCAUUUUGGACUUGUUCGCGGCGCCGUAUAUUUAUGUCAUUGGCCCUGAAAGGGUUAAAGAAACUUGAACUUGCUGGUGCUGCGAGGAAUGCAGUCCAUUUUUUACAGCAAAGCUUUUAACUGUUUCAAUGCUCCUGAUAUAUUUAGCAGCUUUUCUGCGAUUUGAAUGUCUCUUUGUAUAUUUGUAAGAUGUGUCGUUAACUGCAUGGUGUAUCAUAUAUGAUCUGCAACAACUUUCGCUCAUCAAAUCUCAGCCUCACAUUUCUUUAGAAUGUUAAGGUUUGUUUGAGCAUAUUUGACCUAAACAAAGGCUUGUCUAAUUCUGUCAUUAGAAAACUUAAAUUUAUGUAAUAAGGGAUUCAAUAAACCAUUUGGAGCUUUUGGCACAUGUGGAAAAUAUUUGGUGGAAUGGCAGAACUUCCCAUGCACCUCAUUCGAUCUUACGUGUACACAAACCCCAAUGCUGGUGACAUGACUGCUCUAAUGUUGCACAUAUUGCGCUUGUUACAAUGAGCCUCGUUUCUUCCACCAUUGACUAGGUUCCUAAAGUUCAGCCAUUUGAAGCAUAACAACAAAACAUGAGAUGCUGUAACUUUUUUUUUUCUCUGCUUACGAAGUAAAGGUGACAAGUUGUUAAUUGUUAGCUGCCUGCUGUGUCAUAAUUUUUUUAUGCAAAACAUUCUUUGGCUUAUUCAAGGCACUUUGCUGUAGGUUGGUUUCUGUCUCGCAUAAUUUAGGGCCUUUUCAAUUAAAAAGAAAAACUUCACUUGUUCGAUCAUGGAACGGAACCUUGCCCGAUGCUCUAACCAUUAGGCCACGAUUGCCCGGACACUUCUCUUGUGCCAACACCAAUUAGCUAUUUAAGCAUGUGCAACAUCGCAUAGCACAAGCAAAAGCAUGUGUGCAUGCAUGUACCAGUUUGCAUUCGGCUUCAGUCUUGCCACUCUCUUUCACGUGCAUCACAUCGCAUAGCAACAAGCUGCUAACUAAAGCGGGAGCAUGCCAGUUUCUCUCAUUCUUCUUUUAUGGCAGCCAGCGUAUUGAGACAUGUUGUUGCCAGUGUUAGACUGCACUGGCAACAACAUGUUUGGCAACAACUCCGGAUUGGUGCACAUUCCUCAGUCCUUUCUUUGUAGCAAUUAACUCUACGUAGAUUUGGGACAUCGUAACACCUUCAGUAUCAGCCCAGGUCAUUAUGGAGCAGGUUGUAACAGGUCGUCUGAAUACAAAAAAAAAAAAAAAAAAACAGUAGUCAUAUUAUCAUCCGUGCAAUUAUCUUACUGCUAUCGUGACACACACGUUUAUGUCACAUACACAAUUUUUUAACUUACAUAAACAUGUUGGUCCAUCAGGUAAUGCUUUGCAGAGCUGCAAACGAGGCUAGAUAGCUAGCUGCAUGCAGAAUUCUUUGCAUUACAUUGAUUCCCACAGCAUGUGGGAUCUGCACAAUUCGGAUCUCCUUCUGUUUUUGGCAUUUUUCAACAGAUUAAGCUAAAGUAAAAUUUUUUUUUAAAGUUUCAUUAUUUGCAACCUAGCUCAUUUUAUUUUUUUGUUGGCUGGUUGUACUUGGCCAGUCAUUACCACAAUGCGAUAUGGAAGGUAGCACUGCCACCAACCUUUUCCAUUUUUGUCACAUCUGGCCUAAUCGCACUUAUGAAAGUGGCCUAUAUGCUACUUGAGAAAUGUGCCCUAUUAGCCCAGAGAUCUUUGAGUGGGACUCCAAAGCUGUAAUUAUAAAGUGACCCUUGGGCUAAAGUGAUAAUUGUAUUCUAGUCAGGGUGUCAGAACGGAAUGUUUUUCGUUCGUUUUAGUUUUAUUCCUCUGAAAAAAUUUCUGCUUUGGUUCUGCUCCGGAUAGGAAAAAAAAAAAACUGAUCUGUAAUGGUUUGUAAUGGUUUUUGUUUGCAUGUAAAAUUUUUUGAAGUAAAGUAACGAUCAAAACAUGCUAUUUUUCGCAAUAAGUGAAUUAUUCGCAGAUCAUGCUUUGUGCUUCGAGUCAAGGCACUGAGCAUGGUCUCAGAAGCAGCACGUCAUCAAGUGUACUCGCCGAAAUGCUAGACUGCUGUUAUGAUAAAACUAACUUCAGCGCCGAGAAGGCCCUCUCCAUGCUGACGUGUGGCUGGCACACCAAGGGCUACUUGCGUUAAUAUGUACAGCUCUGGUUGCUGCUUUCUUCGCUCUUCCCAAAAUUUAAACACAUUCGUGCCCUCUGGAAGGUGUGGCUCUUUGUCAAGCAUUUCCAGCAAGCAUACAAUGUUCACUAAGCCUAGCUUACUUGUCAAAUGCAAAUGAGCUCUAGCCUCAGCUUCUUUUGUCUUGAGAAAUGCUUCAAAGGCAUCUUCUGGUUACUCUGGAGUUAAGGCAGCCAUGCUUUCUGGAAUACAGCUGUUACCCUGCUUUUGCUGAAGGCCUGUAAUUCACUUCUAGGUUUUGCUCAAUACAUUUCUGGUCAGUGGAAAGGAGAAGGCGAUAGCGAUGGUCCAUGUACAGUGCUGCACGAAAAAAUAUCUGUAUUGCAGAGAUCUCGCUUUCGCUUCUUCAUGGGUUGAACCAGAGUCUGUGCAAAUGGAAUCGGUAUCAUUGAGGUCCUCGUACAACACGUCAACCAUACACCAUAGAAAUAAUCAAUUUCCACCAUAGAAAUAAUCAAUUGUGAGUUGUUCUCUUUGAAGAUCUUUGUGGCUUCUUGUGCCGGCUGAAAGGAUUGUAUGAGUAUUUCUGCUUGUGCUCACAUGCUACCAAUCCACCUUGUGGUCCCUUCAUCCGAUAGAAAGUCCUCAGUGAAGUCCUUUAGUUCUAUCAACCUAGUUAACAUGUUCAACGUCAACAUCCAUCGUGUCGGGCAAUCGAUGACAGGCUUCUUUAGCCCUAGCUUCCUUACCAAGCCCAUGGCACUUUACGCGGAGUUUCUUCACAAGUGCACGACACUCUGCGACGAUAGUGUAGGAACCUGACUCCUUAAGAGCAUCGCUAACGGCCAGUUGCAGUGUGUACACAGCACACAUGACACCUAACAUAAAGUCUGCGUCAUCAAGACUAAGGCGCUGGGCAUGGCAUCUUCUGAGUCAUCUAGCAGAGAGUUGUAAUAUCGAAAUUCAGGGUUGCUGCUAUUGGCUUCUUCGUCUGAGCUGGAAGCGUCAGUUUUGUCGUCUGUUUCACUGAGAACGCGAACAGCCUUUAGCAUGUGUGCACCAUUAUCAGUUGUGAUGCUGUACACCUGGGUGACACUGAAGUCAUAGCGACAUAGCAUGCUUUUCACCUGUAAUUUCAGAUGUUCAGCAGUGUGCCUGUCGAAAAGUUCCUUCAUGGCCAGUAGUUGAUGAAUUAGUCUUUCAUUUUCUGCCUACUGUACAUUGAUGCCAAGCAGAGCUCUGUCAAGUCUCUAUGCGCAGUCAAUUUUUAAAGAAAGCAUCCAUUUUCUAAGUGACUGAGAAAUUUCCUCUCGCGUGCUCUUCACUUCUUUGUGGACUCUGUCCUUAACAGUGUCUGCUAUGAUAGACCGUUUGGCACCAAGUGCUUUUAGGACAGGAUCAGCUACUUUGCGAAAGCCAAAGUCAUUGACAAGCAGAAAUGGCCAACUGGUUCUCGUGACUUCUUUGAUGCAACUGUUCAUUAUGCUGUCCUAUGUUACAUCGAGUGAAACGCACUUCCACGAAGUAUUCUGAAGCGUGCGUUGCAUAUCCACUUGCCUGAGCUUUGCCGUAGGAAAGCCUUCAGCCUCGUCCGAUAUGAAGCGCUUUGUGGACUUGGCUUUCUCGGCAAGAAUUUUGUCAUACACCUCCUUGUGGCGCUGCUGCAGAUGACAUUACAGGUGUUCACCGUGGUCGCCUGAAACUGCGUGCUGGGGGUCGUCAAUCUGGCAUGUUGAUUUGUUUGAGACAGUGUCAUACUUGAAAUAUCUUUGAGCAUGAUUGGUUCUGUCGCAUCCAAUUUGGGCGAGCUGUAAACUUCCCUUACCAAGACCCGUAGAAAACGAAACAAUAAGCUCUGCAGCACGCAAACACCUGCUCCGAGCUCUGCUACGAUUCCUAUCUGUUAGUGCUGCUACUGCUAGUGCACCGAGCAGCAUGGUUUGAUUAGUGGCAUGUUCAAGCGGCUGUCGCUCACAUCAUCCCUGUUUGAGAUACACGCUGAUGCUGAUGUUGCCUGACGUCGGUUGUUUCGGAUUGCCAACUUUCCCCUUGAACCGAAAACUGAUAUAAAAUAUUUCAGUUUCACUCCAAAAUAAAAUAAUAAGUAAUGUUUCGGCUGUUUUCAUUCCAAUAAAAAAUAUACAUAUUUUUUCAUUCUUGGUUUUCGUUUCGUUCCGACACACUGAUUCUAGUCCUAGUCACUCUUUAGUUAUUGGCUCAAGCAAUAUUAACUGUGAUUACCUUUGCGGUGCAGGAAAAAACAAAAACGGCACAAAAUUGGAAUGGAAAAAAUUUUCUCCUCAAAUGCCACCCCAAAUGCAGUUAUACCUUAAUUCUUUAUGCCUAUUCUGGAAGAUCUCAGGUCACUGUAGUAAUUGAAUAGAAUGAAAAUUUUUACGCACAUUCAAAAUGCUGUUGCAGAUAAAUCUCCAAGGCAUUCCAUUGAUGAUUUGCAUGACGUUUGGCCUGCACACUCUAGUGCAAAGCUUAUAGUUCCUCAGCUCUCAUACUAAUUUUGUUAGACAAUUGCCUAAAUCUGUCGACAAUAGGGUUUUUUAAGUAGUGGAAACAAAAUUAGCAGAUGCUGUAGGUUAUGCAUACGAAAGUACCCAACCAAGAGUGGGCAUAUGCACUCUCACUGACCUUGAUUUUGGGGUAUCACAAGCUGUUUGCACCCCUUAUUUCUAAAACUCCAAUGCUGAAAAUGGCUAUGAAGAGAGGAGAAUGUGGUGAAUAGACGUAGGUAGCAUUCAAAGAUGCUUGUGCUGUUGCGGACAGCUGUAGUAGUAGAGGCAGCAGUGAAAGAAUGUCAAAAAAAGUGGUCCAGCAUUUCUUUUCUGCAAUGUCCUGUAGUAACUUGGGUGCAAUCAGGUAACAUGGCUGCAGAUAAAUCGGUGUCAAUACUGAACACUGAACAAACAGGCUAUGGCUUGCCAUUUCAAGAAUGAGUGCACAGUAUGGUUCAGCAUACUUUUUGUUAAUUAGAUGUUUUGUAGUCUGACUUGGGCCAAAUUAAUUUGCAAUUAGGCACUUUUAGUUCAUUAAGGUGCCAGUGUCUGGUUCCAUUAUUUGCAAAUGAAUGGCAAGUUACAAAGGCAAGAUUCAAUAAAAUCCCUCUUAAUGCUAACCACAAGAUCUUUGUCAGCUUUAUAGGUCAAGCUUUUUUUUUUUCUUUGGAACAUGUACCAUUGCUGGACACAUUUAUUUUAUUAUAGGUUGCAGUAUAUUUGCUUUGUGUGCCCACUUUACCCCGCCAUUACAGACGUGGGGGCGUUAAGCAUGACAAGGGUUUAUGGUAUGCAUGCCAUAUUGCAUGUGGGCGCGACUUCAUAGCAUGUUUUUUUUUUUUUUUUUUUUUUUUUUCGUUGUAGUGUUUUUCUUGUGUCAUGCCUUUCUCAAAAUAUGCAGUAUUUGGGCAUCUUAACAAAGUUCACAUCUCAUUGCAACAUGUUGCAAACCAUUUGGAGCAAACUACUGCAAGAAAUGUUUUAUAAUGGGCUAGCUUGGUUUCUCAUUCUCAAACAUGGUUUGUAGCAAUCCUUGAAAAAUAUUGAAAAGAAUUGUUUCCUGUCCUUGUCUACCAAAACACCAUUUUCUAGACCUUGAAAAGGCUUAAAUUUUAGAGUGCUUAUAAGUUCCUGGCUUUUUUCUCUUCUUUUUUGAGAAUUUUGUUUGCACAUCUGGCCUUUACUUCAUCUGGCUUCCCUUUGUACUGUGAUGAAAAAAAAUUGCGUCUGUGCAUGUGUUAAGUACAAUCUCUCUUUGCAUAAACGCUUUCUCAGACCCUUAGAAGUUACAGGAACUGCUAUGAACCCUGUGAAAUAUCCAGCACACUAACUACUACCCCAUCAAGUAUCCUACGAUGAGCUUAUAUCAAGGCCUUGCUCUGUCUGAAGCUGGCUAUAGCAAAGUGAUUUGUCAUCCUUGUAAAACUCUUUACAACUUGGUCAUGCAGCAUGUGCAGUUAUCUCAGUUGAGAGAUUUUACAUUGUAGCGUAACACAUCUCAUUUUAAAAAAACACUGGUAAUGUUUGUGCUAAGCUCAUUUUCUAGACAGACAAAAAGCCAACUAUAGGUGGUAAACGUAAUUUAGUUUUACUGUUACUUCAUCUAGUUGUGCACUGUAGACCCAAGUUCCCUUGCUAGUAAACUUCUGAGUAUUCAUACUAGUAUUGGCUACUGGGCUUGUCCUUUGUUGUCAUUCCAUUCUCCUUUAUAUUUAGUCUUGCUCAGCUUCUAGCUUUUUACCUAGCCACAUUAUACAAGAAGUGCGGUGUUCUUGAACUGCUCCUUAUGUAGUGGUCAUGGGAGUUCUAAAUUAAUACAUGUGCUCCCACAAAGUGAAAGCUUGCUGUUUAUGUAUAGAGCAAAAGAAUGUAUUCAAGGUGAAUAGCAUAAAGUAUUAUACCAGGUGUCUCUUUUUAUUCGUAACACUUCUAAAGAAACUGUCGUAUUUGGACCCCAGCCGUUUUCGCAUAUCUGCAAAAACGGCAAAACAUUUUAAUUACUGACUUUAGGACAUAUGUUGUAAUUGCGAAAUUGAAGCCAAAGAGUAGUGAAGUCAUGUCUGCUUAGCAGAAAUCUUGUAACUAGUACCACUUUUGUGAUAUCUGUCACCAAAAUCUGCUAAUAUACCUUGGCGUAUCAGUUAAGAUUGUCCUGAAAUGUCAGAGGCACGCUUUAUGGAAAAGUUAUCUAGAACGCCAGUGUAUUUCGUAGCACAUUUUAAGGUCUCAUCAUCUCAAAAGUGGUGCUCGUUGCAUAAAAAAAAUACACCUGUUAUAAUGCUGCUUGUAUAUGGAAGUCUAUGGAUUCAACUAGCUCUUAGUUGCACAGUUGCUGUCCUACUAUCCACUAAGAAAUAGUGUAUUUGAUUUCUUUUCCUGCGUAGUUCUUUUUGCAGAAAGAAUUUAGGAUGAAAUGAAUUUUUUUAGUCUCAAUUUUAUUGCAAUUUUUGACAUUGUUCUACAAUGUCAAUUUGCCCAUGUUUGGCUGCUUCAGGCAAAAUAACACCCUUUUGUCAAACACUAAACAUGAAAUUCAUCAUGCUUUAUGAUAGCAGAAUAUUUAUCAUGAUGAACAAACUUGUCUUGCUCAUCUGAAAAAUCAAGUUUGUGAAGUCACUUUCAUGUGUGUUAAAUUUUCAUUCUGGGAAUUUUUUUUUUACGUUAGCAUAGGAGGAGAAUGAAGAAGUGCUGACAUACCAAUUUCAGCUUUUUUAGGUUUACUGCACUGCUUUGGUGACACAAAAUACAAGAAAGAAUGAAGACAUACAGCUCCAAACUGAAUUGUUUACUAGGAUGUGUACGUCAGAUAUACUGUAGAACCUUGUUCGUACGUUCUGGAAAAAAAAAAACGCGAGAAAACACAUACUGACUGGAAAGACGCACGUUCCUAAGUCACAAGAAAUUUGGCAGGCCCAACUGUAGUUGACAUAUACAGAAUGUGAAGUGUUGUGCGAAUCGUUGCGGCAGGAGACACGAGACGCGUUUUGUUUUCCUAUUUCGUAGUGUUUUAAGACGAGGACGGGAAACCGAAACAAAAUUGAAUUGAUGGCCGACACCGGAUGUCGCCGGAACGAAACGCGACUCUCGCAUCGCGCUGCCGGCAGCAGGGAACGGCGGUGCAUUUGGGUUAUCGCCUACUGUUUAAAAAACGUGCAGUAUGCUUUCAACGGCACUACGCCCCACGCGCUGUCAAGCAAGCAGAUGAAUAUGAUUACCACAAUGGGGGUUGGAGGCGAUAGCUGUGAAUGCGGCGUGCAAGGACUCUGGAGCAGAUUUGCUGGUACUGCAAUAAGAAACUUUAUGAGCACCAGCGUUUCCACGUGAUACGGGCGGGCGAGUAUUGCAGGGAAGCUGAUGCAGCGGGCGGCUACUGUUCUCGAUCGCGCCCGCCUCGCACCUUGUUUACAUGGGGUCUAGCAGACAGAAGACGUAUAUGAUCGCAGUCUACAGCAGGGAACGGAGGCGCGUUUGGGUUGUCACCAAUUAAAAGCGUGCAGUACGCUUCCAACCGCACCAUGUGCUCUGAAACUGAUGGUGAAGAUGUCCAUUGCAAUAGGCAUGGGAUAUUGCAACUGGAAAACGUAUCAUACGAUCGCACAUUGGCGAUGUACUGAACAUUGGUGCUGAAAUAUCGUAUUUUCCGGGAACGUAUGAACCGGUAAAAAAAUAAGCGUAGUUUUAUUGGUUCUUUGUGUGUGUGUGUGUGUUCUCAAUCACGAAUGUUAGUGCCGGGAAAUCAUACCUGACGGGAUUAUAUCAGCGGGGUUCUACUCUAUAUGACAUGAAAGAAGGAACUGAAAAACCAUUAUAGUAAAAGUAAUUCUUAGUGGUUUUUUCAUGGUCACAGGUGGCAAUUUCCAGCUAUUAUUUACAUGUAAAUAUAAAAGCAGGUACUUCAAAGCCACUGAUUGUGUGUUCACAUCACUUCCUAGUGCAUUCCUUGGCAUUAAUUGUACUUACAUUAUCUCGUUUGCAGUCUUUGAGCCACAUUGAACCAAGGUCUGAAUUGUCCUAAAAAUAUGUUCAGGUCAGUGGCAUACAAAGUAUGCCGGUAAAUUUUCCAAAGUCUCUAGCAUACCUACAGCAUGCCUAUGUUCCCUUAGUCCAAUAUAAAUAUGCCUUUCUGCCCUACGACUUCCUUCAAGCAAAAAAUAUUUAAUAUAUCUCAUUAUAUACACUCAGCAAUUUUAUUUGUAUGACUUAUAGCAGAUUUGCGCUUACCAAGUACUAGGUACUAUGGAACAACUAACUGUCUUCUUCCCUAUAGAAGCACACAGAUACAUUAAUUGGGUGUGUAGAGGAUGUUGUGUAUAAGAUACCAUUCACUUACAAGAUACGCAUAUCUGACUUUACUGCGCACAUAACAGCAGGACAAAGAACUUUGUGAUUUCUGUAGAACACAGAAUGCACAAAACUGUCUCUGUACUGCCUUUCAUGUCAAUUUGCCAUGCAGCAAGAAGGAAGGAUGACAGAAAAGGGGGGGGAGCGGGAGUCUGUACUGUAAAAGAAAUGUCACGUGGGCCCUUGGCUUUGAUAUGAGAGAAUGCCAGAGAGAAAUGUCACUUACUAGCACUGGUCGAGGCAGUGGGAGAGAAUCUUUGCCAUAAGGAUGAUACCUUGCCUCUUCACAUGAUGACCUUGCAAGAUUUGAUUUGCUUCUCUCUCCCCUACUACUGGACACUUCUAUAAUUUGUUGCGGUUAAACGCUUUCUACAUGGCACUACAAACUUUUAAUGUAUGACUAAGGUUUGUGAUGGGGCUUGGUGAGGGCCCUUUUAAGGUAAGAAACGCGCUACACUGUCAGUGGCAUAGUUAAAAGCAGUUUUGAAAUUUAUGAGCACUAGCAGGAAACUGCCGUGUGCGCUGGAACAAAACCAUUACUGAUGACUUUUACUGUACCCAUUGGGUUUACGCUUGCAUGGCCGUGCGUCUUCCUUUAUUGUAUUGCGUUUCAUAUCACCAAAGCACAGCAGUAAAUUCAGUAUGUACCAACGAGCACUUGCUGAAUCUUUGUUAAUUUUAAUGCAUGUUAAAGGACCUCUCAUCAUUGAAGUUGAUUCAGAAUGCGCCACUACAGCAUCCCUCAUAGCCCAGAUGUUGCUUUUGGAUGUUAACCUUGAUCACAUAAUUAUUAACAGAAUGUCAUAGCAUAGCAUGUGGCAACGAAGGAGGGUAUACAAUUUCACUGUGGCCCUCUUGCCACUGUGUGCUAUAUCACUGUGCCAGUCUAUGGUAAAAAAUUGUACUCGCAGUCAGUUUGCCCAAAUUUCUGUCCUGCAACUAUGCUCUUUUUAUUUCCUGGAUAAAGAAAUGCUAUAUAUUGUAGUGUGUUUAAACAUUUCAUUGGCCGUGCAUACCAUAAAUGCAUGCAGCAGGAAAAGUUUGCUGGAGUAAUUGCUUGGAUGUAGCACAUACUGGUUUAAUGUGGCAUUCUUAUUAAAGAUGAAAAUUAAAUGGCAUGAAAACAGGACAGAGAUAAUGGACACACACACCAAGAACUAUUUCUAUGAUUGCAUUGUCUUUGUCACAUCUCCUUUUCAUCUGUAUUUUCCUACCAACAAUUCACAUGAACUCUAUUUUGCAAUGCUUUUAUGCCCUGUACCAAUAAUUCCUGAAAAGUGUGAUGUUGUGCAACCAGUAUGUCUAGUUUUCUAGAGUUUAUUUAGGUGUGCACAAUUCAGUGAACUUUGGUUAUACAGCAAUGAUUUACAGCAAACACCAUCGUAACCAAAUUUUGUGCCAUCAAAGCAGAUGUGAUAGUGCACCCUUGAAGCUUUUUCAAGGAGGUAUAGCACCAUACAGAAUUUCCAGAUGCUGCCUUUACAGUGUGAUUUGUGAUUACACCAUAAAAUGUUGCAAUACAUUUUUACUGCUGUAUGUAGAGUAGCAUUGUUCUGCACAGAAGCCUUGCCUUGAACUGCUGUGAAGAUACCUCGCAUGUGCCACAUUGUAGUUUGUGUGGUAACCAAACUAAAAUGAUCUUGUGCUUGCUGGUUGCUGCCCAAACUCUAGUAUGUUGCAAAAGUAUGUGAAAGAUUGCAUAGAAAAGAAAAUACUUAUUUCUACCCAGCACAUAUGCUCAGCUAUGCUGCACGGUUGUUGAAAAAAAAAAUGGUUAAAUAGCAUUGUGUCAGCAAAAAGUGUUUUGGCUUUAUCGUGCACUGAAUCUCUCAUGAUACCUGCAAUUUUUUACAUUGUGAUUAAAAUAAUUUAUGCAUAA